AUGAUAAGAUUGACUUUGCUAUUUUUGUUGAUUACUUAUAAUUUAGCUGCUACAGUACCAAUAAAUGAAUAAUGUAAUUGUGAAUAAAUAAAAUCUAAAUCUGAUUGCAUUUAAGAUAGUUGUUUAUGGAAAGAUGAAAAAUGUGUUAAAAAUGAAGAUCAAUAAAGUGAUGAAACUGUAAGUGUAUAUUGUGGCUCUUUGGAUGUGACUACUUGUUAAUAAUAGAAAGGAUGUGCAUUCAAAUUGGGUGUUUGUGAAUAAUUUAGUGGAUGUUCUGCAUAUGAUGGAAAUUCAAAUGAUGUCUGUUAAUAGAUAUCUCAAUAAUGCACAUCUGAUGGAACUUAAUGCAUAGAUCCUUUAAAUUGUAGUGAUUAUAUUGAGUAAGGACUUUGCAAUUCAAAUAUUAACGCAUAAGGUCGUAGAUGCAAAUGGGAUGAAUAGAAAUGUCGAGAUUUAAAAUGCAUAGAAGCAAGUACAACUUUGAUGACAGAUAGUGAUUGUAAUAAAUUUUAUCCAGGAUGUAUUACAAAUGGAAAGGGUUGUGUUGAGAAAAGAGAAGAAUGUACAACUUAUGGUGAAUCUUGUGCAGGUAUGAUAGGAAGUGAUGGUUAUUGUGAGAAAACAAGUAGUGGUUGUAGUCCAAUACUUUGUACAGCAGCAUCAUAAGAAUUAACAACAAAUGAAUAAUGUGCAAAAUUUUAAUUGGGAUGUGUUACAACAGGUAGAGGAUGUUCAAAAUAUCCAUUGAGUAGUUGCAGUACUUAUACAGGAGAAGUUCUUAUUUGUUAAUAGAUGAUAGGAUUAGAAGGUAGAUGUGAUGGAGGUGUAUCUAAUUAAUGUUAAGAAAGAAAAUGUGAAAAUGCAAAUAAAACAAAUAAUACUGAUGAGUUAUGUUAAUAAUAUCUAAGUACUUGUAUUACAAAUGGAAGAGGAUGUGUAACUUAAUUAAAAUUAUGUAAUACUUAUACAGGAACUACUGAUGAAUGUAAUCAAUAUAUUGGAAGUGAUGGAAAGUGUACUAUUGGAUUAAGUGGUGGAUGUAAGGUUAGAGUUUGUACAGAGGCACCUGAUACUUUGAAAACAGAUUUAGAUUGUAAAGAUUAUUAAUAUGGAUGUGUGACAACUGGUUUAGGAUGUGUAAGUAAUAGAUUGUCUUGUACUACUUACAGUGGUACAGCAAGUAGUUGUUCUAAAUUUAUAGGAAGUGAGGGUAAUUGUUAUGGUGUUGGAGAUACAACAUCUGCUUGUAAGGCUUAGAUUUGUUCAAAUGCACCUGUAACAUAUACAAGUCAUGAUUAAUGUUCUGGAUUUUAGAGUGGAUGUUUAACUAAUGGUAAUGGUUGUGUUGAAAAAACAUUGUGUACAUCAACAAUUGCAGAGAUAAGUUGUUAAGGUAGUAGUUAAUGUUAAUGGAAUUAAAUUUGUGUUACAAAAACUAGUUGUUAAUUUUAUAAUACAAUUAGUUUAUGUAAUAAUAAUUUAGCAAAUAAUGUUAAAUGUUAAUGGGUAAAUGGAAUUUGUAGACAAAGACUUUGUAGUGAUGCUCCUAUUACAUAUACAAAAGAUGAGGAUUGCAAUAUCUUCUUAGAAAAUUGUGUUACAAAUUCAUAAGGAUGUAUAUCUAUAACUGCCCCAUGUAAUUAAUAUACUGGGAAUAAAGAUACAUGUAUCAAUUUUAAAGGAAAUGGAAUCAAAUGUACUAGUACAAGUGUUAGUAAUGCUGCAUGUAUUGAUGUGACAUGUGUGAGUAAUACAACUGCAACAAGUCAAACAUAAUGUGAUGAACAUAUGACUGGAUGCAAAUUCUAAGGCAAUAGUGGAUGUAUUGAUAGUUCAUCUUAGUGUAAUAUAUAUUAUGGAAAUCAGGAAAAUUGUAGUACAUAUAAUGGAGUAAAUGGGACAAUAAAAUGUUAUUAAGAUAAUGGAGUAACAUCUAAUUGUAGGAAUUUGUAAUGUAGUGAUAAUACUACUGCAACUGAUGAUAUAUAAUGUAAUCAAUUUUUAAACAAUUGUGUAAGUAAGGGAACAGGAUGUAUUAGUAAAAGUGAACCUUGUUCAUCUUAUGCAGGAAAUAGUACUACAGAUUGUUAAGGAUUUAAAGGGAAUAAUAAAAGAUGUUGGUGGAUUGGUGGUUCUAGUUGUGUUGAUAAAUAAUGUUCAUAAGAUACUACUUCUACAAGUGAUGAGGCUUGUAAUUAAUUUCUAUCUGGUUGUGUUACCAAAGGUAUUGGAUGUAUUGAGAAUACUGAAUUAUGUACAUCUUAUUAAGGAAAUGAAGAUCAAUGUUAAAUAUUUAAAGGUAAUUUGUAACCAUGUGUUCGCAAAAAUAAUUGUAUGAAUAGAAGAUGUUCUGAUGUUACUAAUCCAGCUAACAAUAUUGCUUGCACUAAUUAUUUAUCAACAUGUAGAUUUAAUGGUACUAUAUGUAUAGAUGCAGAAGCAUCUUGUACAUCCUAUUCUAAUUUAAAUUAUACAAUAUGUUAAUAGAUUACUACAGUAUCAGGUGGAUUAUGCUAUUUAGGUAGUGGAAGUGGUAAUUGUUUGACUCGAACUUGUGCUCAAAAAGGGCCAGCUAAUAGUUAAAUUGAAUGUGAUCAAUUUUUAUCUGGUUGUGUAUUUACUGGGGCUAAUUGUGUUGAAAAAUAAGCAACUUGUGAUUUAUAUACUAAUUUUACAUCAUUGGCCUGUAGGAGUGCAAUGAAUACUGCUUCAGGUGUAUGUUGGAAUAAAUCAACUACUAAUGAUAGUUGUUAAGCUAGAACAUGUUCAGCUAUCACUACUUAAUUAAUUGAACCUAAUACAUUUUCCGCAGAAUUUUGUUUAAACUAUUUAUCAUCAUGUAUAUACGAUGGAACUAAAUGUGUUUCUACAGUUAGUUCUUGUACUUCAUAUACUGAUUUUAGUGUAGCUGCUUGUAAAGUAGCUAUAACUACAUCAUUUGAGAAAUGUUGGUAAGAAGAUGUAAAUUCAACUACUUGUCAAGUUAGAUAAUGUAGUAAUACUGUAACUGCACCAAAUUUAAUUAAUUGUGCUGCACAUAAAGCUUCAUGUAGAUAUAAUGGAACAUCAUGUACAGAUUCAUAAAAUGCUUGUAAUUUAUAUACAUCAUUUACUUAAAAUGCAUGCAGAGAAACUACUUUAGAUGAUGGUGUCACUAAAUGUUGGAAAACAACUAGUGAUGUUGGAACAUGUGAAAGUAGACUAUGUUCUAAUGUAUUAUUAACUUAUUCAGCUACAAAAUGUGUUGAACAUAUGUCAACAUGUAGAUUCAAUGGAACAUAAUGUGUUGAUCAAAGGAAUGAUUGUAGUCUCUAUACUGGAUUCUCUUCUGAUGCUUGUAAAUCAGUAACUACUACUUCAGGUGGACUUUGUUGGAUUCCAUUUAAUGUACCAUAAUAAUGUACUACAAGAUUAUGUAGUAAUUCAGUCGAAAAUGCAAGUGCUUAGACUUGUGUUACUCAUCUUUCCACUUGUAGAUUCAAUGGAUCAAUUUGUGUUGAUAGUUUAGCCAGUUGCACUUCAUAUACUAGUUUUACUUAAAGUGCUUGUUAAAAUACUUCUACUACAUCUGGAGUAAAAUGUUGGAAAUCUUCAUCUUCUGUUGGAACUUGUGAAAAUAGAAAUUGUGCCAAUAGUGUCAUUAAUCCUAAUUACACCACUUGUUCUGAUCAUUUAUCAACAUGUACAUAUGAUGGUGUUAGUUGUUUUAAUAUGUAAGAUACAUGUUCACAAUAUACAAAUCUUUCUGCCUCAUAAUGUUAAAAUCUAAGAACUACUUCUGGAGGUAAAUGUUGGUUAGCAUAUGGUUAAGGAACUUGUGUAGUUAGAUAAUGUACUCACAAUACAACUGCAAUGACAGAUUAAGAAUGUGAUGCAUUUUUAACAGGAUGUAGAACUUCUGGUAAAGGUUGUGUUGAAUCUACAGUUUCUUGUUCAUAAUAUAUUGGAACUACAUCAAGUUGUCUUUCCUUUGUUGGAAAUUCUAUAAAAUGUAAAGGUGCAGAUUCAACUGGUUCAUGUACAGUUAAAAACUGUUAUGAUAAUAUGGAUGGUGUUAAUGAUAUUUAAUGUAAUUAAUUUAUGACUGGAUGUGUAACUAGAGGAAAAGGAUGUAUUGCCUAAACUGAACCAUGUACAAGUUAUAUUGGAAAUUAAUCUACUUGUUCUUAAUUUAUAGGUAAUUCUAAAAAAUGUUGGAAUAGUAGCAAUGCCACUUCUACUUAAUAAUGUAGAGACAGAUUAUGUUCAGAUGAUACAACAUCAAAUACUGAUGAUUUAUGCAAAGAAUUUUAAGUUGGAUGUGUUACAAAAGGUAGAGGAUGUAUUGAUGCAACAGCUAAAUGUACUUAAUAUACAGGAACAUAAGCAGAAUGUAGUAAAUUUAAAGGAGAAAAUGGUAUUAGAUAAUGUUGGAAUUCUAGUACAGCUACACCUUUAAUUGCUUGUGUCAAUAGAGUUUGUACUCAUAAUUUAAGUGCAACAACUGAUCAAGAAUGUGAUGAUUUUCUUAAAGGAUGUAUAACUAAAGGAUAAGGUUGUGUAUCACCAUAACCAUGUUCAUCUUUCUAAGGUACAAUCAAAUCAUGUGCAAUGUUCUCAGCUACUGACAAACCUUGUAAAGGUACAAGUUCUACUACUAUCUCAUCUUGUGUUUCUGUAUAAUGUAAUGAAGCUCCAAACAAUUAUGAUACUGAUGAAUUAUGUAAUACAUUUAAAGAAGGAUGUGUUACAAAUGGAUUUGGUUGUGUUUCUAGUGUAGAAUGUGAAGAUGUUUAAACUGAAAAGGCAUGUAAAAGUAAAGAAUCCUGUGGAUAUAUUGGAAAUUGUAGAGAUUUAUAAACUGAAUGUAGUGCUUUAAAAUCAUAAUCUGUUUGUGUUAAUACUCCUGUUAGUACUGCAAUUGGUAGAUGUGCAUGGGAAAUUAAUAAAGUAACAAAUGUUGGACUUUGUAGAAAUUGGAAAUGUGAAGAUGCUUCAGAGAGUAUAUCUACACAUGAAGAUUGUAAUUAAUUAUACAAAUUGUGUACAAGUAAAGGUAAGGGAUGUAUAUCUAUUGGUUCAUGUUCAUCCUAUACUACAGCUGCUAUUUGUUCUGCUGCAAAAACUACUGAUUAAGGAGGUAUUUGUGUUUGGAAUAAGACAACAUGUAGAAAGUUGGAUUGUUCUGAUGCAAGUUAAUAACUUACAACUGAUACAAAAUGUUAAGAAUUCUUAAGCUAUUGUGUGACAAAUGGUAAAGGUUGCAUUAAUUUAUAAUACAAAUGUGAGGAAGUUUUGAUUAAAGAAAAAUGCACUAUUGAUUAUAAUGGCAAUACAUGUUUAUGGUUUUAAUCUCAAUGUAUAACAUAUACAAAAUGUACUGAUAUUAAUGGAGUAUCAUAUGGAUAAUGUAAUAAAUAUUCCAAAAGUUGUACAAGUAAUGGAAAUAAUUGUAUUGCUAUUGCACCAUGUGCUAAAUAUACAAAUCCAACUAGUUGUUAAAUUGGUACUAAUGGAUAAUGUGGAUGGGUAGCUGCUACAUUAAAUAGUGCUGCUCAUUGUACAUAAUUUACUAAAUGUAGUGAUGGUAAUGGAACAACAAAAGAACUCUGUUAACAAUUCUCAACAUUAUGUAUAUCUGAUGGUGUUGGUUGUAUUGAAAAAACUACAUGUUCAGGUUAUCUUACAGAAAUCAGUUGUGGUUCUGUUGGUACUGAUGGAGUAUGUUUUUGGUAAAGUGGAUAAUGUAGAUUGAGGAAAUGUACAGAUGCUACAGUAGCAACAGCUAUAGAAAUUACAAGUCAUUCAAAAUGUAAUGCAUUUUAAGCAGCUACUAAAUGUACUACAAAUGGAACUAAUUGUGAUGAAAUUGGUUUAUGUAGUUCAUAUAAAGAAUAAGGAUGUUAUUAUGGCACAGAUGGUGAGUGUAUAUAUACAUUCCCAUCAGGAUAAGUAUAAGGUGUUAAAUCAUGUAGAGUUAAAGUUUGUUCAGAUUUCUAUGAUGUAACAUCAGAAAUUUGUAAAUUAAGGAAUUAAUCAUGUAUCUCAAAUGGAACAUAUUGCAUUACUAAAAGUUAAUGUGCUACAUAUAAAACAAAAGUUGCAUGUAAUUCAGGUGGAAUAGAUGGAAUUUGUGUAUUCACACCAUCUAAAACUGAUCCUAAUAAUGGAAGUUGUGCUUUAAUGACUUCUUGUGAAUAAGCUAAUUCUGAUGGAGUAGCAUGUAAAUCAAAAUUUAAUACUUGUCAAUUUUUAGUUUCAUCUCAAAAUGAAAAUAAUGUAACAUCUUGUAUUAAUCAUACAUGUGCCACUGUAGCAAAUGGAUAAAUUUGUAAACCAAUAUAUAGUUUUGAUGAAAAAUCAAUUACAAUUUGUGUAGCAACUGCUUCUGGUUGUGUAGUUGGUGAUUCGAAUUAAUUGUCAGCUUCAACUUGUUUCGAUUCUAGUCUCAAAACAUAUACUUGGAAUAGUGCCUCGAAUCUAUGUGAAAAAUGUAAUUCCAUAGUUAUUCCACCUAAUAAUACUAAUAGCACAAAUAAUACCACAACAGACACUUAUGCAUAAAUCUUGCUCAUGUUUCCAUUGAUAAUGUUCUAAUUAUGA